CCACCAUCUCCCGUCCCAUUUAAAAGGGGACGGAGGGAGUAUACAUGAAUGGAAAUAAUAAAUAAGAAGAAGAACAAGUAGUGUAACACACGAUAGACUGUUAGUAUACAUAUACUGUAUAUGUUUGAGUUGUAUAGAGUGUAUUAGAAGAAGUAGUUGCUGAAAAAAGAAAAUGAAACGAUGAAGAAGAAGAAAACUUACGGUGGUUGAUCGUUGAGUGUUGCUUUCAAAGCUGAGAGCCUGAGACGUAGCGUGAGCAGAGCAUAGCAUAGGAGAGUAGUAGCGACACUUAUCCAAGGAGAGAGCACGCACAAAACCAAGACUUUUGACUUGGUCAUCUUCUUUGAAAGAUGAGAAGUUGGCUCAGCAACUUGAAGCAAAGCUUUCUGCAGCUGCUCAGAAAAGUUAAUUUUUCGAGCAUAUCUGCCCAUCUCAACUCCAUCCCUGUCCUAAAUGGUACUAACUUUAAGGAAUGGAAAGAAAAUAUUCUAAUAACUUUGGGCUGCAUGGAUCUUGACUUAGCAUUAAGGGUAGAGCAACCCGUUUCUCUUACGGAUGCUAGUAUCCAAGAUGAAAAAAGGUACUAUGAGAAGUGGGAUCGCUCGAAUCGCUUAAGUCUUAUGAUCAUAAAGCGUGGCAUUUCAGAAUCUUUUAGGGGUGCUGUAUCCGAUGAGGUUACUAAUGCCAAGGAUUUCCUUUCUGAAAUUGAGAAACGUUUUGUUAAAAGCGAUAAGGCGGAAAUAAGCAUGCUGUUAAAAGACUUUACUUCCAAAAGGUAUUCACGAAAAGGAAAUAUAAGGGAGUAUAUUAUGGAAAUGUCUUAUAUUGUUUAUAGGCUCAAGACACUUAAGAUUGAGAUAUCGGAAGAUGUUCUCGUACACAUAGUCUUGAACUCUCUUCCUAUUGCAUUUGAUCCUUUUAAGGUUAGUUAUAACUGCCAAAAGGAGAAGUGGUCUCUUAACGAGCUCAUUUGAAGAGAGGAUGAAACAAAAUAAGACACAAAGUGCUCACUUGGCUAGUACCUCUAAGGAUAAGGGUAAAAAGAGGUAGAGAACUCCCAUUAAGAAUGAAGCUGCUAAAGGUCCAGUACAGAAGAAACAUAAGGAAGGUGAAACAACCUGUUUCUUUUGUAAGAAGUCUGGACACAUGAAGAAGGAUUGUACCAAGUAUCACGCAUGGAAAGUGAAGAAAGGGUUGUCUAAGCCACCGCAAGCCAAAUGAUGCUGAAAGAUGCGUCUAUGUGGGAGAUGGCAAAGCGGUGCAUGUGGAGGCUAUUGGGCAUUUUAGAUUGUUAUUAUCUACCGGUUUCUAUUUGGAUUUAAAAGACACUUUUAUUGUUCCGUCAUUUAGGCGGAAUUUGGUUUCUGUUUCUUAUUUGGACAAAUUAGGUUAUCAUUGUUCCUUUGGAAACUUCCGGUUUAAUUUGUCUUUAAAUUCAAAUAUUGUGGGGACUGGUUCUUUUAUGUCAUAUGACAAUCUUUACAUGCUUGAAACAAUAACUUCAUAUAAU